AUGACGCCGAACACAAGAACAUUGGUGAAUGCUGCAUCAGGAGGGUCCUUGAAAACAAAAACUCCAGAGGAAGCCUUGGAAUUACUAGAGUCUCUAGCCUCUCAGGAGUAUGACAAUGCUCCCGUACCACAGAGAAGAGCGGGGAUUAUGAAGCUUGAUGGCUAUGAUGCUAUCCUGGCCCAGAAUGAUCAGAUUCUACAAUUUAAUAAGAAACAGCAACAACAACUAGAUGCUCUCACGAAGCAAUUUUCUGAUUUUCAAGUUUCUUCUGUUAAUACUCCAGUAGCUUCUGUUAAUACUUCUUCUUUUGUUUGUGAUAUUUGUGCAGGUGCUCAUGCCACUGAUGACUGCAAGGCACCCGAAACUGCAGAUGUUAAUGGAAUUUGUUCAAACCAUCAGCUGAAUCCUCAUAUGCCAGUGCAACAACAACCUCCUCAACAAUCAGAAUGGGAAAAGGCCUUUGCACAACUAUCCAAGACCACAUCAGACUACAUUCAAAGUUCCAAUAAUUUCAGAGAAGACACUUCAGCCUUUAUGCAAGAGACAAGGGCCUCAUUCCGGAAUCAAGAAGCUUCUAUCCGGAAUCUUGAAACUCAGAUUGGCCAGCUAUCAAAGCAGUUCACUGAAAGAGUUCAAGGAACUUUUCCAGGUAACACUAUUCCAAAUCCAAGUAGGGAACACUGCAAUGCGAUUACUACUAUGAGUGAGAAAGCCAUUGAACAUGUGGAAAAAGAAAAGGAAGUUGCCAAAGAAUUUGCUGCAGAGAAAACUGUUCCUGAAAAGAAAGAGUUCAAAUGGGAGAAAAAGAAAGCUCAAGAAAGGCAAGAAAAGCCAUUGGAGCUCUCACCUUAUGCAAAGAUUCCAUAUCCGCAGAGGUUCAGAGAGGAAAUCAAAAAGCAGCAGUAUUCCAAGUUCCUUGACAUUUUCAAGAAGCUGCAAAUCAAUAUCCUGUUUACUGAAGCCUUGGAGAUUAUGCCCAAUUACGCAAAGUUCAUGAAAGAUCUUCUAUCACGAAAGCGUAAGCUACAAGAAUGUGAGACGGUGACGCUGACAGAGGAAUGCAGUGCCAUUAUCCAGAAAAAGUUGCCUCCAAAGCUUAAAGAUCGAGGAAGAUUCAGCAUUCCAUGCAACAUAGGCAAUAUGGAAGUGAAAAAUGUUCUAUGUGAUCUCGGUGCCAGCAUCAAUGUGAUGCCACUAUUUAUGAUGAAGAAACUGGGGAUCACUGGAGUAAGGCCAACCAAGACAAUAGUUCAACUGGCUGACCGCUCUACAAAGCAAACUUAUGGCAUUAUUGAGGACAUAUUGGUAAAGGUUGACAAAUUCAUUAUUCCUGUUGAUUUUUUCAUCCUUGAUAUAGAGGAAAAUUCUACUAUUCCUAUGAUCUUCGGAAGACCUUUCUUGGCAACCUCAGGAGCGCUGAUUGAUGUACCGAAAAGCGAGUUGAUCUUACGGGUAGACGGGGAGCAAGCAAUUUUCAAGUUCUUUGAUAAAGAAGUCCCUUCACCUAUAAUUCAACCGCAAGAUCAA